AUGUUGUCUGGUGGAAGGAGUGCGUUUCUGUGCCUUGGAAUGAUCUUGAGCUUUUGGAGCUCCGCGAGUUGGAUGCCUGUUGGAGGAUGCCCGCAUAAAUGUACAUGUAUCGCUUCCAACGUGGAUUGUCAUGGACUAGGACUCAAAACUGUACCGAGGGAUAUUCCCAGGAAUGCAGAGAGACUUGAUCUAGAAAAAAAUAAUAUCACAAGAAUCACGAAGACAGACUUCACAGGACUGAAGAAUCUCCGUGUCUUACACUUGGAAGAAAAUCAGAUUAGUGUGAUAGAACGUGGAGCAUUUCAGGAUCUAAAACAACUUGAACGGCUGCGUCUGAACAAGAAUAAAUUGCAAGUUCUUCCAGAGCUGCUUUUUCAGAACACACAGAAGUUAACUAGAUUAGACCUGAGUGAAAACCAGAUAAAAGGAAUCCCUAGAAAGGCCUUUCGAGGAAUCAUUGAUGUGAAGAACUUGCAACUGGACAACAACCAGAUCAGCUGCAUCGAAGAUGGAGCCUUCCGAGCCCUGCGCGACCUGGAGAUCCUUACUCUCAACAAUAACAACAUCACCCGCAUUCCUGUUACCAGUUUCAAUCACAUGCCAAAGAUCAGGACUCUGCGGCUUCACUCCAACUUCCUGCACUGCGACUGCCACCUGGCUUGGCUGUCUGACUGGCUGCGGCAGAGGCGCACUAUCGGGCAGUUCACCUUCUGUUUGGCACCUGUAAACCUGCGGGGUUUUCUUGUGGCGGAGGUUCAGAAGAAGGACUUUGUCUGCUCUGGUUCCCAGUCUGAACCUCCAUCGUGCAGUGCCAGUUCCAUCACUUGCCCAUCUGCCUGCACCUGCAGCAACAAUGUAGUGGAUUGUCGAGGAAGGGGCUUAACAGAAAUUCCAGCUAACCUACCAGAGGACAUUUGGGAAAUACGUUUGGAACAAAACCUCAUCAAAAUCAUUCCCCCUGGAGCUUUUACGCAGUACAAGAAGCUUAAGAGAAUAGACAUCAGCAAGAAUCAAAUAUCUGACAUUGCGCCUGAUGCAUUCAAAGGCUUGAAAUCUCUCAUUUCAUUAGUGCUCUAUGGAAACAAGAUCACAGAGAUUCCCCAGGGCCUUUUUGAUGAUCUUGUGUCUCUGCAGCUGCUGCUUCUCAAUGCCAAUAAGAUCAACUGCCUGAGGGUAAACACGUUCCAAGGUCUGCAUAAUCUCAAACUGCUAUCUCUUUAUGACAACAAACUGCAGACCAUCAGCAAAGGGCUCUUUGCACCUCUCCGAUCAAUCCAGACUCUACAUUUAGCUCAGAAUCCAUUUGUGUGCGACUGCCAUUUGAAGUGGCUGGCUGAUUACCUGCAGGAUAAUCCGAUAGAAACCAGCGGCGCUCGAUGCAGCAAUCCGCGUCGCCUUGCCAACAAACGAAUCAGCCAGAUCAAGAGCAAGAAGUUCCGCUGCUCAGGGUCAGAGGAUUACAGAAGUAAAUUCACCGGGAAGUGUUUCAUGGACCUUGUCUGUCCUGAGAAGUGUCGCUGCGAGGGAACAAUUGUAGACUGCUCUAACCAAAAACUCACCCGAUUACCCAGUCACCUUCCUGAAUAUACUACUGAUCUGCGUUUGAAUGACAAUGAUAUUUCUGUUUUGGAAGCUAUCGGACUCUUCAAGAAAUUGCCCAACCUCAGAAAAAUAAAUCUAAGCAACAAUAAGAUCAAGGAGAUCCGAGAAGGCACAUUUGAUGGAGCUUCAGGAGUGCAGGAACUGAUUCUGACAGAGAAUCAACUGGAAUCAGUGCAUGGACGAAUGUUUAGAGGCCUCACAGGGCUAAAGACAUUGAUGCUGAGGAGCAACUCUAUCAGCUGUAUAAACAAUGACACCUUUGCUGGACUGAGCUCAGUGAGGCUUCUUUCCCUGUAUGACAAUCACAUCAGCACUAUCACCCCUGGAGCCUUCAGCACAUUAGUCUCUUUGUCUACAAUUAAUUUGCUGGCUAACUCCUUUAAUUGUAACUGCCAUUUGGCCUGGCUGGGAAAAUGGUUGAGGAAGAAGAGAAUUGUCAGUGGAAAUCCACGCUGCUUGAAACCCUUUUUCUUAAAGGAUAUUCCAAUCCAAGAUGUAGACAUUCAGGACUUCACCUGCGACGGUAACGAUGAAAGCAGCUGCUUGCUUUCACCUCCUUGUCCUUCCCAGUGUACCUGUGUGGACUCGGUGGUACGUUGCAGCAACAAAGGGCUGCGGAUAUUGCCCAAAGGAAUUCCCAAAGACGUGACUGAGCUAUACCUGGAAGGAAACCAUCUGACUGCUGUGCCGAAGGGGCUCUCCACCUUCAGACACCUGACACUGAUUGAUUUGAGCAACAACAGCAUAAGCGUAUUGGCCAAUUACACCUUCAGCAACAUGACUCAGUUAUCAACACUCAUCCUGAGUUACAAUAGACUUCGGUGCAUUCCAGUCCACGCGUUCAAUGGCCUCAGGUCUCUUCGAGUGCUGACGCUCCAUGGAAACGACAUUUCCAGUGUUCCCGAAGGUUCUUUCAAUGACCUGGUAUCCCUGUCCCAUCUGGCUCUAGGUACCAACCCUUUGCACUGUGAUUGCAACCUCCGCUGGCUUUCCGAGUGGGUGAAGGCAGGGUACAAAGAGCCAGGGAUAGCCCGCUGCAGCGGGCCUGACGCCAUGGUGGACAGGCUGCUGCUCACAACACCGACUCACCACUUCCAGUGCAAAGAGCCGGUAGAUAUCAGUGUUGUGUCCAAGUGUAACCCCUGCCUCUCCAAUCCAUGUAAGAACAAUGGGACAUGCAACAAUGAUCCAGUGGAGUUUUAUCAAUGCACUUGCCCUUUUGGCUUCAAGGGUCGAGACUGCAGUGUGCCCAUUAAUUCUUGCAUUCAAAAUCCAUGUCAGAAUGGAGGGACCUGCCACCUCACCGAGGCAAACAAAGAUGGAUUCAGCUGUUCUUGUGUCCUUGGGUAUGAAGGGGAGAGGUGUGAAAUAAACCCGGAUGACUGCGAAGAUAAUGACUGCGAGAAUAACUCUACAUGUGUGGAUGGGAUCAACAACUAUGUCUGUCUCUGCCCUCCUAAUUACACAGGUGAACUGUGUGAUGAGGUGAUUAACCACUGUGUUCCUGAUCUAAAUCCGUGCCAACAUGAGUCCAAAUGUCUUCCCCUUGACAAAGGAACCAGAUGUGAGUGCUUGCCGGGUUACAGUGGAAAACACUGUGAAAUAGAUGAUGAUGACUGUGUGGGCCAUAAGUGUCGCCAUGGAGGUGUCUGCGUAGAUGCAGUCAAUGGCUACACCUGCAUCUGUCCUCAGGGUUUCAGUGGACUUUUCUGUGAAACUCCUCCGCCGAUGGUUCUGCUCCAGACGAGCCCAUGCGAUAACUACGAGUGCCAGAAUGGGGCCCAGUGCAUCGUCGCGCACCAUGAGCCCGUCUGCCGCUGCCUCGCUGGCUUUGCUGGGCAGAAGUGCGAGAAGCUCAUCACAGUCAACUUUGUUGGGAAGGAUUCCUAUGUGGAGCUGCCGUCAGCCAAAAUUCGCCCUCAGGCAAAUAUAUCCCUCCAGGUAGCAACGGACAAGGACAAUGGCAUCUUAUUAUACAAAGGAGACAAUGAUCCUUUGGCUCUGGAGUUGUACCAAGGACACGUGAGGCUCAUCUACGACACACUGAAUUCUCCACCUACCACAGUAUACAGUGUGGAAACAGUAAAUGAUGGGCAGUUUCAUAGUGUGGAACUCAUGAUGCUGAAUCAAACUCUGAACCUGGUGGUGGACAAGGGGACUCCCAAGAGUCUAGGAAAACUCCAGAAACAGUCUUCUGUCAGCCUCAACACACCCCUCUACAUUGGAGGGAUCCCGACCUCUACUGGAUUAUCUUCACUGCGCCAGGGUGCAGAUAAGACACCAAAUGGUUUUCAUGGAUGUAUUCAUGAUGUCCGCAUCAAUAACGAGCUGCAGGAUUUCAAGGAUUUACCACAGCAGUCACUAGGAGUUCUUCCUGGCUGCAAAUCCUGUAACAUCUGCAAGCACGGUAUUUGCCGGUCCCUAGAGAAAACAAGUGUGAUUUGUGAAUGUCACCCAGGCUGGACGGGCCCCCUGUGUGACCAGGAAAUUGGAGACCCAUGUCUUAACCACAAGUGUCUGCAUGGUAAGUGCAUGGUGGCCAAUGUUGCUUACACCUGUAAGUGCAUGGAGGGCUACACAGGCAUGUACUGUGACAAGAAGAACAAUUCCUCAAAUCCCUGCAGGAUUUUGAAAUGCAACCACGGGCAGUGUAAAAUUUCCGAGCACGGGGAACCCUACUGCGAAUGCGAUCCUAACUAUAGCGGAGAACAUUGUGACAGAGAGAAUCUCUGCCAAGGAGACAUAAUUCGAGAAGUAGUCCGUAAGCAGCAGGGCUACACGUCGUGUGCCACUGCCUCCAAAGUACCCCGCCUGGAAUGCCGCGGCAGCUGCGGCAACGGGCAGUGCUGCGUUCCUCUCCGGAGCAAAAGGCGGAAAUACUUCUUCCAGUGCGUGGAUGGCUCCACCUUCACGGAAGAACUGGAGAGACAUGUGGAAUGCGGCUGCUCAAAAUGCUUAUAA